UCUGGUGGGACUGCCGCUGCCGUCUCUCCCCGCUUGGCUUGCAGUCUCCACAGCACCUCUUGUUUUUGUGCGUGAGCCACCACUUAAACACUUUACACGACUGGAGACAUUUACGGAUAAAUUAUCCUGUCUGCUUUGUGUAAGGAGCUAAGGACAAGUUGUGGAUAAAUGAAGAGACAUUGUUUUUAGAGGAAGAAGACCGACUGCUUGCCCGUCUUUACUUCCAACCAGCGUUAAAGCUACUUUGAUGUAACCGCUUAGCUUACAAGCUAACUGGGAAUGUUUUCAGAAACUAGCCUGUCUGUUAGCGUGCUAGCUAGCUAAAUCGGAUGGAGAAAUUCUCUGUAUAGAUUUAGCAAACAGUUAUAGUUAUCUUUCGGUACCAUAGUUGUUCGGUACAACAACUAUGGCAACGUCUCAAACUGGGUAUGUUGGAUGUUUAGGGAUUCAGUGCCCACUUGGUUGCUAAAAUCAGUAGGGACAAUAGUUAUUAACUGUUCAGGCAACAAGUCUGGCACGCACUGCUGCUUUAACGUUACUCAAGUUUUUACUCAUUGUGCAAUGUUGUUAUUAGUUACCGUUUGGUUCUAGUUAGUUAAACAUGAGCACUCUGUGGUGAAAAUGAGCGUUUUUUGCAAAGUAGUAUAGGUAAUGUUAUUCAAAGAAAAGUAGGGUGCCACUUUAAUGUGAGAUCCUCAUUUUUAAGUAGAUCGGGUCACUCUGUUGUAUAGGAUAAACUGAUGUCAGUUAGUCGAUACAACUAUUGACGAGGAGGCGAGGUGGAUGCACAUUAUAAAUCGCCCACAUGCUUUGGAUCAGUUCCCGGACUUGUGAAAGGCAUCUGAAGCAGAAGGUGGGAGACGUGAGCGCACAACCCUUGCAGCCCAGGGGAAGAUGGCGGAGCGUUCCCGCAGGAGGUGGUGAAACCAAAACUUGGGGACUUCUUGGAUUUAUCGCCAGUUAUCUUAUCCCAGAUCGUAGGACACAUGCAGGCCAAAAAACGGUACUUAACUCUGUUCUCCGCCGGUGCUUGUCUCAUUCUGUUGUUUUGUUUUGGAGGGAUACAAGUCCCGCUAUCCAGAAAGGGUCCCAGCCGGCGUGAUGACCGUAGUCUCGCCGGUUAUCAUCCCGGGGCGCGGUGGCGUCGCUUCUCGGCGUCCCUGCAGCCUUUCAGCCCCUGGGAGCAUGACCAGAGCGAUAGUCACAAUGAACACAUAUCUCCCAGACAGAAGAGGGACGCUAACUCAGGCGUUUACACUGGAAAACGCUGCAGAAUGGAGUCCUGCUUUGAUUUCUCCCUGUGUCAGAGGAAUGGAUUUAAAGUUUACGUCUACCCCCAGCAGAAAGGGGAGAAGAUGUCCGAGAGUUAUCAGAACAUAUUAUCCUCUAUCGAAGGAUCCAUGUUAUAUACACCUGACCCAGGACAGGCAUGCCUGUUUGUCCUGAGUUUGGACACUCUGGACCGGGACCAGCUUUCACCCCAGUAUGUACACAAUUUGAAAGCAAAAGUCCAGAGCCUUCAUCUGUGGAAUGGGGGCAAAAACCACAUCAUAUUCAACUUAUACUCCGGCACCUGGCCAGACUACACAGAAGACCUUGGCUUUGACAUCGGCCUCGCCAUGUUGGCCAAGGCCAGCAUCAGCACUGAGAACUUUAGGCCCAACUUUGACGUUUCUAUCCCUCUUUUCUCUAAAGACCACCCUAGGACAGGAGGGGAAAGGGGCUACCUGAAACAUAACACCAUUCCCCCUUAUAGAAAGUACAUGCUUGUUUUUAAGGGGAAGAGGUACCUCACAGGAAUAGGUUCAGACACUAGGAAUGCUUUAUAUCACGUCCAUAACUCAGAGGAUGUGGUCCUCCUCACCACCUGUAAGCAUGGGAAGGACUGGCAGAAGCACAAAGACGCACGCUGUGAUAAAGACAACGCAGAGUAUGACAAGUAUGACUACAGAGAGAUGCUGUACAACUCGACGUUCUGUCUGGUACCUCGAGGACGACGGCUGGGUUCUUUUCGCUUCUUAGAGGCUUUGCAGGCAGCUUGUGUGCCAGUGAUGCUAAGUAAUGGCUGGGAGCUGCCCUUCUCAGAAAUCAUCGACUGGAAUACGGCAGCCGUGAUUGGGGAUGAAAGGCUGCUAUUACAGAUCCCCUCAACAGUGCGCUCCAUCCACCAGGAUAAGAUCCUGUCCCUUAGACACCAGACCCAGUUCCUAUGGGAGGCUUAUUUCAACUCUGUGGAAAAGAUAGUACUGACCACAUUGGAGAUCAUCCAGGACCGGGUAGUGCAGCAUACCUCGAGGAGUAACCUCAUGUGGAACAGUCUGCCUGGAGGCCUUUUCACCCUGCCUCAGUACUCCACAUACCUGGGAGACUUCCCCUUCUACUAUGCUAAGCUGGGUGUCAAACCAUACACCAAGUUUACAGCGAUCGUUCAUGUGGUGAGCCCACUGGUCUCCCAGUCCCAGCCAGUCAUGAAGCUGCUCGUGGUUGUGGCCAAAUCCCAGUACUGUGCUCAGGUGAUAGUUGUGUGGAACUGUGACAAGCCUCUUCCUGCAAAGCACCGCUGGCCUGUCACCUCAGUCCCUGUCAUUGUUAUAGAAGGCGAAAGCAAGGUGAUAAGCAGUCGUUUCCUGCCCUACGAGACCAUCCCCACUGAUGCUGUACUCAGUCUGGAUGAGGACACUGUGCUCUCCACCACGGAGGUGGACUUUGCCUUCACAGUGUGGCAGAGUUUCCCAGACCGCAUUGUUGGUUACCCAGCCCGCAGUCACUUCUGGGACAGCAACAAGGAGCGUUGGGGCUACACUUCCAAAUGGACCAAUGAAUAUUCCAUGGUGCUGACUGGGGCUGCCAUCUAUCACAAAUACUACCACUAUUUGUACACCACCUACCUUCCAGCCAGUCUGAAGACCAUGGUUGACCAGAUGUCAAACUGCGAGGACAUUCUGAUGAAUUUUCUGGUGUCCUCUGUGUCCAAACUACCACCCAUCAAAGUCACCCAGAAGAAACAAUACAAGGAGACCAUGAUGGGACAGAGCUCCCGGGCGUCUCGCUGGGCUGACCCCGACCAUUUUGCCCAGCGUCAGACCUGCAUGAACAAGUUUGCCAGCUGGUUUGGCACCAUGCCCCUGGUCCAUUCUCAGAUGAGGCUGGACCCAGUCCUGUUCAAAGACCAGGUGUCCAUACUUCGGAAGAAGUACAGGGACAUCGAGAGGCUAUAACCCUCCAAAGCCCCCCCGCUCUCUGGACACAACACACCGAGCGAGGGGGCGGACACAUAGAGAAACGCAGAGCCUUUUCACGAUUGCAUGGCCGGAUCGAUGGAGAAGCAAAUAGGAUCGGGUACAGGGAGAGAGGAGGAAAAAGAAACUGGAACAGAUGUGGAGGACACCACAUUCAUUGGUCUCCUCCGUGUUCAUUUCUCCCGUCUACCCUUUCUCUUAUGUGUAUUGGGCGAUUGCUGAGCACACAGGUCCCACUAUACGGUAUAUACACACACAUAUGACUACCACCAACUGAAGGACACCUGAGGACUUUCAAACUGCUCCACUUUAAACUGAAGUGGUUAAAGUCAUGGAGUUGGAAAUCCUAGCUCGCUGCUUCUGUGUCCCAACAGUGGCUAACCACUCCCAACUCCAACCUGUCUGUUCUGCUCUGUACACUCUGCACAGGUCCAUGACAGUUUUUGAUGACAGAAUAGUAUUGAUAAUUAUGACUGAAGAAGAUAACACUAUUUUGGGAUUGUGUGUAGGUAUUUUAUAUAUAUACAGUGAAUGAAUGGCCAGCACUACUCUUAUCUGUAUUGUCUUAAUUAAAAACCAAUAGCAGGGUGGGUGAUGAGAGGAAUGACAACCCCUCGACCACAGAACUGAGUUCUGAUUGUUGAUCUGAUAUUCACAGUGCCUCAUGUUUAUCUAGUGGCGUUGGGAUCUUGGAGUCUGAGAAAAAGACAUGGUGCAGAAUGAGCACCUUGAUCUAGCUGCUUUCUUUUUUUUUUCUUUUCAUAAUUUGCUUAAUGAUUGAUGGGAUAAUGGAUCUUGUAGUGAAUUCUUCAGGUCAGCAUUCACAUUUUUUUCCUCGCUGAAGUAUAAUGAAAAUGAUUUGUAUUCAAUUGACAAACAAAAUAAUCGUGCCAUUCUGAACACGUUCCUGGUAAAACUACAACAGUGUCGCACAACUAGCUAGAGGUUACUAAAUUUGCUAUGUGGGAAUAGGUAUCCACAGGAACUGAAUAGACAUGCAGACAACGUUCAAUGGAAUUCUCUAUUUUCAUUUAAGCAAAAGUCUUGUUCGUGUCUUUUUUUUUUUCUUCCAUUUGUAAAGGCGUAUAUGACAAGUUACGAUUGGUACUUGUAUGCUGUCCCGAAGAACAAUAGAAGAUCGCAAGAGUUGCCUUGGUUAAGGUAGUCAAGCAACGGUCUGUUUGAAACACAAACCCCUGUGAAAUCUAGGGAUCUUUUAGGCUUGGUUAGCAAAGGAUAUUUAAAUAUGGCUAUUGUCUUUUAUGCCAUGGACCCAAUUUCAUUUUGUCCAGUGACAAGUUUAGCAGUAGGCUGACUUGGCAUGGGCUAACACUGCUUUCAUCUAGGAGCAUCAUAUAGUCUAGUGCUUGAUGCUUACAGAGUCAGAGUUGGCAUCAUACUAAAUUGACUACUGUAUUUUCCCCACUUGUUAUGAACAAAUAUGACCAGAUUGACAAGAAUUUUCACCAAGCCUUUGUGACACUGUUAAAUGGCGUAGGGAAAACCUAUGGAGAUAUGCGCUAUGAAGUUAAUUAUCUCUCAUUUGUGGUAUUGCUUCAACAUAAAUGCGUGUAAUUUGAAGCCUUGCAAUGUCCAGUAUAUGUGCAGAAUGGCAAUUUGUAUCUCUGAUAAUCACAGAUUUAAUUCAUGUCAUUGAUUAUUUCAUUCAUCUCUGAGAGAUAUAGAUUGGCAAUGUGCUAUUGUGCUCUGGCCAGAUUCACAAGGCAACAUUUAAAACCACAUUAGGUUCAUGUUCCAUGAAUUUAGUUUGAUCAGUUUCUAUAUGCUAGUCUUCUUAAUCUGAGACUUGCAUCUCUUUUACUGUUAAUUGGUACAUUGAAAGUGUCAGUGGAACAUGAAAUUGUUUUUUUUUUCCCAGAUGGCUCACUAGGCUAAUUUACUUAAACAAUUUCUAAAUGUUUGGUUUCAUUAACAAUCACAGCUUCAUUUAUUUUUCUGCCUCGAUAUGUCAUAUCAGGUUAUCUGAAAAAUGUUAACAGAAUUUGAUGAAUUUAGUUUUUAAAUCACAGUGCAUCUGUCUAUGAAAUAUCCCUGUAAAGCCAGCAACUUUUCGUUAGAAAUCUAACCACACCGGCCCUGACACCUCCUUUGGUAGCGUCAGCUUUAUGUUUGAGGAAGAUAAAUUAUCAUUUUGGGAAGGCUUUACUGUUCUGUACCCUUCACCACAAUAUGUGCCAAUAGAUCAUAUAUGUUUUUGCUUUUGUAUUUUUUUUUUCCAUCUGAUACAAGGAAUGUCAUGCAUUCACAUUUAUAUUUGGUUCAUUAAAAGCAUGUCAUCUCUAUAUAAAAAAGUAAAAUGUGUAAGAAAGAGAGGGGGAGGGGAGAAAAGAGUGUGUGUGUGUGUGUGUGUGUGUGUGUGUGUGUGUGUGUGUGUGUGUGUGUGUGUGUGUGUGAGAGAGAGAGAGAGAAGGGGUACUGCAUGGUAUUUUUCACUUCUGAGAAUGUGCUAUCAGCUCGAGAGCAAAUAAACGGUCCUAUCAAGACAACUGAAGACGGUCAUAAACAGAAUCACAUUUUAGAAAUGAACUUGGUGCAAUAUUUAAGAUGACAUUUUCUCUAUCUUUUUCUCUUCUCCUUCAUUAUGUUGUUUCAGAGGGCAGGGGUUAUAUAUUGAUGUGCCUUCAGAAGAAAUACACGUAUUAGGUUUUUUUUUUUCUCAUCUGCCUUGUGCAAGAAACAGGUCCCUGUUUUCAUUUCAUAGUAGUUUUUUUUAUUUAUUUAUUUUUUCGUUCUUUAUCAAUAUUCACAGAAUGACUCCCUAAAUGAUCUUGUUUAACACUGGAAUGCUACUAAGACUUAUCACCACACAUCUGAUACUGACAUUCCUGCCUUUUCUCUUGUAGGAACCUUUUUUUUUUUUUUUUUUUUACGUACUGCCUUGUAUUACUAUAUUUGCAAGGGGCCAUUAGAGGGCCCCUUCUCCUGGUUGUCACAAUUAUAGUAAUACAUGUAACACACAAAUAAUUCUCUCAUACACAGUAUUUAUCAGACAGGAUUGUGUCCCGGCUGAAUCUCUGCCUGCUUCCUUCCCUCUCUUCUGUAACUGCAGACCUAAUUUUAUAGAGAUUAAAAUGGAAAGAUAGAGGGG